UAAAUGUAGACUUAGGAAACUUGGGUGAAUAAAGUCUCAGAGCACAAAUUUCUCAGAUAAAAAAAUCAUCAUACCACAAUACACUACAGAUCAAGAGAAAUUGUAGCUAGCUAGAUUCGAAUGGCGGAAAUGGCAGUGUCCUUCGCACGAGACAAAUUGCUUCCACUACUAAGCGACGAAGCAAAACUGCUUUGGAACAUCCCCAAAGAAUUUGAAGACAUACAAAAUGAACUAGAAUACAUUCAAGGCUCCCUGGAGAAGGCAGAUAGAAUGGCUGCAGAAGAAGGAGACAACGCAAACAAGGGAAUCAAAAAAUGGGUGAAGGACUUGAGGGAAGCAUCUUUCCGAAUAGAAGAUGUCAUUGAUGAACACAUUAUGUAUGUGGAACACCAGCCUCAUGAUGCUCUUGGUUGUGCAGCUUUACUCUUUGAGUGCAAUAUCACUCACUUCAUUGAAUCUUUGAGGCGUCGUCAUCAAAUAGCAUCAGAGAUUCAGCAGAUUAAGUCAUUUGUUCAAGGAAUCAAGCAAAGAGGUAUUGAUUAUGACUACCUAAUCAAACCUUCUCUUGAGCACGGAUCAAGCAGCUACAGAGGGAGCCAAAGUGUCCAAUGGCAUGACCCUCGAUUGGCUUCACGUUACCUUGACGAAGCCGAAGUUGUUGGCCUUGAAGACCCUAAAGAUGAAUUGAUAACUUGGUUAGUGGAAGGACCAGCAGAGCGCACCAUCAUCUUUGUGGUAGGAAUGGGAGGGCUAGGAAAAACAACUGUUGCCGGAAGAGUCUUCAAUAACCAGAAGGUGAUUGCACACUUUGAUUGCCAUGCAUGGAUCACAGUGUCUCAAUCCUACACUGUGGAAGGGUUGCUAAGAGACUUGUUGAAGAAGUUAUGCAAAGAAAAGAAGGUGGAUCCUCCUCAUGAUAUUUCUGAAAUGAAUCGAGAUUCACUGAUUGAUGAAGUGAGAAGCCAUUUGCAACGAAAGAGGUAUGUUGUCAUUUUUGAUGAUGUAUGGAGUGUAGAACUUUGGGGUCAAAUUGAAAAUGCGAUGCUUGAUACUAAAAAUGGUUGUAGAAUAUUAAUCACAACUAGGAUGGAUGGUGUUGUAGACUCUUGUAUGAAAUAUCCUUCGGAUAAGGUGCAUAAGCUGAAACCUUUGACUCAAGAAGAAUCUAUGCAACUCUUUUGCAAGAAGGCAUUCCGAUACCACAAUAAUGGGCAUUGUCCAGAAGAUCUUAAGAAAAUUUCUUCUGACUUUGUUGAAAAAUGUAAGGGUUUACCAUUGGCAAUUGUGGCUAUUGGUAGUCUUUUAUCUGGCAAAGAAAAGACUCCAUUUGAAUGGGAAAAAAUUAGGCGAAGCCUAAGUUCAGAGAUGAACAAAAAUCCCCAUUUAAUUGGCAUAACAAAGAUUUUAGGUUUCAGUUAUGAUGAUUUGCCAUAUUAUCUGAAAUCAUGCUUAUUGUAUUUUGGUGUAUAUCCCGAAGACUAUGAAGUUAACUCAAAAAGAUUAAUUUGGCAAUGGAUAGCUGAAGGAUUUGUAAAAGAGGAAGAAGGAAAAACUUUAGAGGACACUGCACAACAAUAUUUAUCAGAGUUGAUUAGCAGAGGUUUAGUGCAAGUCUCUUCAUUUACCUUUGAUGGCAAAGCUAAGAGUUGUCGUGUUCAUGACUUGCUACGCGAUAUGAUCCUUAGAAAAUCCAAGGAUUUAAGUUUUUGCAAGCAUAUCAGUAAAGAAGAUGAGUCGAUGCCAAGUGGGAUGAUUCGGCGCUUGUCAGUAGAAACUUUUUCCAAUGGUUUAACGGGGAAUACUAAAAGCUUACACACACGGUCACUGCAUGUUUUUGCACAGAAAGAAGAAGAGUUAACCAACAACUUUGUGCAAGAAAUCCCUACAAAAUACAGGCUAUUGAAGAUACUUGAUUUUGAAGGUGAUCUAACAUUGCCUGGAAUUUUUGUUCCUGAAAAUUGGGAAAAUCUAGCUCACUUGAAGUAUUUAAACAUAAGACAUUUAGCCAUGAAAACUGAACAACUUCCAAAAUACAUCUGUAAUCUCCGCAACCUGGAGACCCUGGACAUAAGGGAAACAAAUGUCAGCAAAUUGCCAAAGGAGUUUUGCAAGCUAAAAAAGCUACGACAUCUUUUAGGUGAUAACUUGGAUUUGUUUCAAUUGAAGAAUGGUCUCGGAGGUUUAACAUCCCUACAAACGCUUUGUGAUGUAUCGAUCCCUGUGGAUGAUAAUGACAAUGGAGUAGAGUUAAUAAGAGAACUGGGAAAGUUGAAGCAACUAAGGAACUUAAGCUUGGAUGGUGUCAAGGAAGAACAGGGAAGCAUUCUAUGUUUCUCAUUAAAUGAGAUGACAAACCUGGAGAAACUAAAUAUUUGGUCAGAGGAUGAAGAUGAAGUCAUUGAUUUGCCUACUAUUUCAUCUCUGCCUAUGCUUCGGAAGCUUUGCCUUGUAGGGAAGUUAAGAAAAAUUCCAGAGUGGGUUCCACAACUCCAAAAUCUUGUCAAAUUAACAUUGGAAAAUUGCAAGUUAACUGAUGAUCCAUUCAAAUCAUUACAAAAUAUGCCACAUUUGUUGUUCCUCGACGUGUACUAUGGUGCUUAUGAAGGUGAAAGUUUGAAUUUUGAAGAUGGGGGAUUUCAGCAACUAAGGAAACUAUCUCUCCGAGGCAUGUUGAACUUGAAAUCCAUCAUUAUCGAUAAAGGAGCACUUCAUUCUUUGGAAAAUCUCCUAUUUUGGAACAUACCCCAACUCAAGACAGUACCUCCCGGUAUUCAACACUUGGAAAAACUGCAACUUCUCGAAAUUUACAAUAUGGCAGAUGAAUUCUACGAGUGCAUUGCUCCCGAUGGAGGACCAUUGCUUCCAAUCGUCCAGCAUCCAUCCCUCGUAAAAUUUUUGUAAGGGUGACUACAAACAAGGACAUAAAACCCACGUUAUACAUAUCACUCAAGACAUUAGAAUUCAUAGAAGGAUUGGCUCUUUGGUCCAUGGACAAAAGUAAUAUGUGGAAUUGUCUUUGUUUAACAACGUCGUCUACUCGUGUAUUUUUAUAUGACAGUUUGUGAUGUGCAAUAAUGUGUCUUUCAAAGUUAUAUGAUUAUGUGUCUUUCAAGAUGUCCAAAAAACAAAACAAUGUCUCUUUCAAGAAUUGUGAGAUUUAAUUUUCGGUUUGACUUGUGUCUUUUAUUUGGGCAUAAGAAGAGAUAUAAAAACUUUAUGUAAUUUCUUUGUUUUUUAAA